GUUGAUGGCUGCCAUGCGAGGCCAGGUCUUGGUCAGUUCCCCUGAGCUGAGCCAUUGGAGGCUGGGGAUAGAAGCACUCACACCAUGUGACAUCCGCAGGUUUUGACCGCCCCCCUCCAGAUCUGCUUCGCCAACGAUGGAGGCUGAAGAUCUUUCAAAGACUGAGGACAGACCCGAGGACCCAGGUUUCCAAAAUGAAGGACAAUCCCCCUCUGUGAAGCCCAAUUUUUCACUAGAAGGGCAGUCGCCCAGCCCCAGUGUCCUCUGGGACAUGCUUGAACAGAAAUUCCUGGAAUAUCAGCAGCUAAUGCCCAGGAACCCAGAAGAACGUCGGAAGAACUUGCUGAGCCUUCUCCCCCUGUUCCUAAAGGCUUGGGAACAUUCUGUGGGUAUUAUCUGCUUUCGAAGUCUCCAAAGGCUGGCAGAAGAUGUGUCUGACCAACUUGCCCAGGAAAUACAACAGGCACUUGCUGGGAAGCCCGCAGAGCAAGCCCGGGCUGCAGCUGGGCAGCUACUGCAGUGGAAGAGUGACGCGGAUCAGGAUGGUAACCUGCUCCUAAAGUCGGUGUAUGUGCUCACGGGUACAGACUCGGAGACACUGGGCAGAGUGGUGGAUUCAGGGCUUCCGGCCCUGCUCCUUCAGUGCCUGUAUCUCUUCUUCGCUUUUCCUGUGGAAAAGGAUGAGCUUUUGGAGAGUGAUGUUCAAGGGCAGAGGAUGUUUGUGCAGAUGUUGUUAAACAUUUGCAGCGAGUCUCAGGGUCUGGAGGGACUUCUCUCAGGAAGCGAGCUCCAGUCUCUACUGAUCGCCACCACCUGUCUGAGGGAACACAGCUGCUUCUUCUGGAAACAGCCUACCUUCUGUGUGCUGCGGGCGAUCUCCAAGGCCCAGAGCCCCAGCGUCAUCCAAUAUCUGCGAACUGCGGACUGUGUCCGGCUCUCAGUUCAGAACCUCUCCAAGUUGGCAGACACUCUCCCCGCGCCGGAGGUGAGCGAGGCUGUGAGCCUCAUCCUGAACUUUGUGAGAGACUCCUACCCCAUCUCCUCUGCGCUGCUCCUGGAGUUUGAGAACGGGGAGGGUUACCCUCUUCUCCUCAAGGUACUGCUGCGGUAUAACGGGCUGACCCAGGGUGUGGUGGAACCCCAUCUGGAGGAGCUCAUCGAGCUGGUGAUGUGGCUGACAACCUGUGGGAGGUCAGAGCUGAAGGUGUUUGACAGCGUCACUUAUCCUCAGCUUGAAGGCUUCAAGUUCCAUCAGGAGGCUUCUGGAGUGACUGUUAAGAAUCUCCAGGCCUUCCAGGUCCUGCAGAAUCUUUUCCACAGAGCCAGUGAUUCUGUCCUUUGCAUUCAAGUGCUUUUGGCCAUCAAGACCAUGUGGGCCUGGAAUCCUCGCAAUUUCUUCCUGCUGGAGUGGACCCUGCAACCCAUCUCACAGUUUGCAGAGAUCAUUCCCCUGAAGCCAACCCCAGUGCAGGAGCACUUUUUCCAGCUGUUGGAGACUCUGGUGUUCAAGCUGCUCUAUGUGCCUCACGAGGUCCUGGCUAAGGUGCAGCGUCUGAUCAAGGAGAGCUCGGAGCUCUCCUGUACCCUUGUGGCCUUGCGGAGCAUCCUCAGGAUCACAGCCAGUGACCGGCUCUUCACAGACAUCUUCCGGGACUCGGGACUACUAGGUCUGCUGCUGUCCCAGCUACGGAAACAGGCCAAGAUCAUGAGGAAGUCAGGAAACAAAGAGUGCAGCCCUGAUGUGCAGGAUCCUGAGAGGGAACUCACCUACGUGAUGCUGAGCACUGUGGUCACACUUCUGCAAGGCUCUGUUCGAAAUGCAGUUGUCCUAAAAGACCAUGGCAUGGUGCCCUUCAUCAAGAUCUUCCUGGAUGAUGAGUGCUACCGGGGGCCCUCGCUCAGCAUCUUGGAGCAGCUCUCAGUCAUCAAUGCAGAGGAGUACAUGAGCAUCAUUGUGGGAGCUUUGUGUUCGUCCACUCAGGGGGAGCUGCAGCUGAAGCUGGAUCUUCUCAAGUCUCUGCUCCGGAUCCUGGAGACCCCCAAGGGCCAUGCUGCAUUCCGCGUCUCCAGUGGCUUCAAUGGGCUGCUGUCCCUGCUUUCCGACCUGGAGGGAUCCCUCCAAGUACCUGCAGUGACAACAUGGGGUGCAGUGUCCCCCAGCCAGACCCUGGAGUUGGUGUUACACACCCUUUGUGUGGUGUCUGCCGCUCUGCACUUGGACCCUGUCAAUGAGCACUUCUUCAGGAGCAAUGGACUCUUUGAGAAGCUGGCUGAGGACCUCUGUCUGCUGGGCUGUUUUGGGACCCCAGAGGAGGAGCGCACUCGAUGGGACUCUUCAUCUGACAUGAAAGUCAGGCCCUUCAUGGAUUUGCUGAGCUGUGCCUUCUCCUCCAGCUGCCAGUUCCCACCCAGGCUGCAGAGCUGCUUACAGAUUCUCAGCUUCCUAGAGAGCAUGGCCAGUGGUACCCUCCACCUGCGGGGAGACCUGAUGGAGCCAGCCAGGGCUGGGCAGGAGCCUUCUGUGAAUGCUCGAAAGGCAGAGGCUGGCGGCCGCCAAGGCAAAUUCAAGCAGUGGCCAGACAUGGAGGACAGGAUGGAUGAAGGUGACGUCAUGAUCAUGCAUCCUGGGAUCAUUUGCAUCAUGGUGAGACUGCUGCCUCGUCUAUACCUCGAAGAUCACCCACAGCUUUCUGAGGAGAUCCAGUGCUCUGUGGCCCGCCACCUCUUGUCCCUGGUGAAAUCGGAGAAGAACCGCCAGGUCAUGUGUGAGGCGGGGAUGCUCCGGACACUCAUGACGUUUUGCCCCAGGACCCUCAGCACUGGUGGCAGUGACCUGCACUCGAUUCUCAUCAGGAUCUUUGAAAAGCUUGGAUCCCAAGCCAUAGAGCCAGAUGUGCUAAGACAGUUCCUAGGCCUUGGAAUUCGCCCACCUCGGUCAGCUGCCGUCAAAAGCCUCCAUUUACCUCCUGGGCAUGAAGACAAUCCUGGGUGCUCAGGAUCAUGUGCGGCUACAGCUGAGAAACUUACAGAUUCCAGACUACGUCCCAGAGGGUCUCAGGCCCUCAGGCCCUCAUGGGCCUCCCAAGAUUCAGCCACAGCUCUCCAGACAACACUGAGCCUCAUUUCCAUGACCUCCCCUCGCAACCUGCAGCCUCAGAGGGCGGCCCUGACGCCAUCAUUUGUGGAAUUUGACAUGUCUGCAGAAGGUUAUGGCUGUCUGUUUACUCCGACCUUGUCUACGGUUAUGGGGAUCAGCACAGAGCACUCCAUCUCUGGAGGGACUGGAUCAGGAGCUCCCAGGCCAUUCCCUCCGCCUGGAGGUCUCACCUUCUCCUGUUGGUUUCUGAUCAGCCGGCAGGCCAAUGUCAUGGAGGGCCACCCACUGCGCUUCCUAACCCUGGUGCGCCACCUGGCCAGGACAGAGCAGCCCUUUGUCUGCUUCUCCAUCAGCCUCUGCAUGGAUGACCUCUCCUUGGUUGUGUCCACAGAAGAGAAAGAGUUCCAGCCCCUGGAUGUCAUGGAGCCUGAGGAUGAGGCAGAGCCCUCUGCAGGCCGCCAGCUCCAGGUCAGGUGCAGCCAGCUGCUGACGUGUGGUCAGUGGUAUCACCUGGCUGUGGUGGUCAGCAAAGAAAUGAAGAGGAACUGCAGUGUUACCAUGUACCUGGAUGGGCAAGCCAUUGGUUCAGCCAAGAUGUUGUAUAUUCAGGCCUUACCGGGGUCUUUUCUUUCAAUGGAUCCCUCAUCAUUUGUGGAUGUUUAUGGCUAUAUUGGGACCCCCAGAGUUUGGAAACAGAAAUCAUCCCUAACCUGGCGUCUCGGGCCUGCGUACCUCUUUGAAGAAGACAUAUCAGCGGAUACUCUAGCACUUAUUAUCAAACUCGGCCCGAGGUACUGUGGUAACUUUCAAGCUGUGCACCUUCAAGGAGAAGAUCCAGAUGGCGAAGCCACGCCCCUCAUUGCGGAGGAAAGGGUUUCCUUUGGUCUUUAUGUACCCAGCUCUUCUAUCACGAGCAUAAUGAACAUCAGAAACACCUACAAUGAGGUGGACAGCCGCCUGAUCGCCAAGGAGAUGAAUAUUUCCUCCCGUGACAAUGCCACACCUGUGUUCUUGCUGAGAAACUGUGCUGGGCACCUCUCAGGGCCUCUGCGGACUCUCGGGGCUGUUGCUGUGGGCCAGUUAGGGGUAAGGGUGUUCCAUUCCAGCCCUGCUGCCAGCAGCCUGGACUACAUUGGAGGACCUGCCAUCCUCCUAGGCCUCAUCUCCCUGGCAACAGAUGACCACACCAUGUAUGCAGCUAUGAAAGUCCUGCACUCGGUCUUGACCAGCAAUGCCAUGUGUGAUUACCUGAUGCAGCACAACUGUGGGUACCAGAUCUUAGCCUUUCUCCUGCGGAAGAAGACAUCCUUUCUAAACCACCGCAUUUUCCAGUUGAUCCUCUCAGUGGCUGGCACAGCGGAGCUGGGUUUCAGGCCGUCUGCUGUCACUAACAUGUGUAUCUUCCAGCAUGUGCUCUGCAAUUUUGAGCUCUGGACAAACACUGCAGACAACCUGGAGCUCACUCUCUUUUCUCAUCUCCUGGAGAUCCUGCAGUCACCAAGGGAAGGACCCAGGAACGCUGAGGUAGCCCACCAAGCACAGCUGCUACCCAAGCUCUUGUUUCUCUUCAAUGAGCCGAGUCUGGCUCUGUCCAAGGUCUCCACCAUCAUUGCCAUUCUGGGAUGUCAGCUGAAGGGCCACUUCAACAUCCAGGACUUACUCAGGGUUGGGCUGUUUGUCAUAUACACCCUCAAGCCUUCAUCAGUGAACGAGAGGCAGAUCUGCCUGGAUGGAGCCCAGGACCCCUCCAGACUUGCUGGAAGCCAAACAUCUGGAAAGGCAAUCUGGCUUAGAAACCAGCUGCUGGAGAUGCUGUUUGGUGUAAUAUCUUCCUCCCAACUUCAUCUGUCCUCUGAGUUAAAGGAGCAGGUGUUUCUGAGCCUGGGGCCCGACUGGUUCCUGCUCCUCCUGCAGGGUCACCUGCAUCCCAGCACCACCACGCUGGCAUUGAAGCUGCUGCUGUACUUUCUGUCAAGCCCUUCCCUCCGUGGGCGAUUUAGGGAUGGCCUAUCUGCUGGAUGCUGGGUAGAGAGCUGCAUGGACGGGGUGGACAUUGUGAUGGACAACCUGAAGAGCCGCCCUGCAGUGCCUGACCAGAGCCCCUGCCUGCUUCCUGGGUUCCGGGUCUUGAAUGACUUUCUGGCCUACCAUGUUCUCAUUCCAGAAGUGUACCUCAUCAUAUCUUCCUUCUUCCUCCAGACACCACUUACAGAGCUGACCAAUGGGCCCAGAGAGAACUUGGAUUUGAUGCUUCAGUGGCUUCUUCAGAAACAUCAUCAGCAAGAAGUCCUCCAGGCUGGGCUGUGCAUAGAAGGUGCUCUGCUACUCCUGGGGAUGCUGAAAGCCAUCAUGAACCAGUGUAAGGAACCUGUUGUCUACCUAACCAACAUGUUAUCAAAAGCAAAGCAAAAGCAAUAUCCCCCUGCAGGUUCAGGAGACAGUGCCUGGGAGCAGACACUCCCCAGCAGUGUUCUUCAGUUCCUCCGCCUGGUGCACUGCUCCUACCCCCAGGACCCAGUGUGGAGGACCCCUGACUUCCUCCAGACCAUGGCCAUUAUCACUUUCCCCCUGGAAACCCAGAAGGAGACCACGUCUGAGUCCUCUAGAAACACGAGCAGUCCUGGGGCCUCUGCUGAAGCCAGCCACGCUGCGGAGGGGUUCCAAGCAUCUUUCCAACCACAUCCAGCUCUGAGGCAGCUGAGAGAGUUCAUGCAAGUCCUCCUGAGUGAGCUACUGCUUAGAGGGUCCAAUCCCAAGCAGUGGCUGCCCUUGGAGGUCAUCCUGGAGGCUUCCCCAGAUGGUGCCACCAGCCAGCAGAAGCGAGACUUCCAGACCGAGGUCCUACUUUCCACCAUGGACAUAUUCCAUGUCCCAAGUGGGGACGGCAUGCCAACUCUAAGAGGCAGUAAGGAGCCUCUGCCAAAUUCAGAAGCCGGUACUGUGCCUUCCCUUGCAAGCAUUUCCUACUUCACCCAGAAGCUGGUUGAGAAGCUAUAUAGUGGGAUGUUCUCAGCAGAUCCCAGGCACAUCCUCCUCUUCAUCAUAGAGCACAUCAUAGUGGUCAUCGAGAACCCUUCUUCCCAAAAGGACACUGUCAUGAGUGCAUUGUACAGCAGUUUGAAUAAAGUCAUUCUGCAUUGCCUCUCCAAGCCCCAGCAGUCCCUGUCUGAGUGCCUUGGCCUCCUCACCAUCCUGGACUUCCUGCAGGAGCACUGGGACAUCAUCUUUGCCACCUACAAUUCCAAUGUCAGCUUCCUCCUGUGCCUCAUGCAUUGUCUUUUGCUGCUGAAUGCCAGGAGUUAUCCAGAAGGAUUUGGAUUGGAGCCCAAGCCCAGAAUUACUCCUUAUCACCAAGUCUUCCUCUCCCCAAAUGAAGAAGUGAAAGAUAAGAAGGAGGAGGGCCUCCCAAGUCUGGGUGAUGUUCAGCACAGCAUCCAGAAGUCAGUGCGGGCACUGUGGCAACAGCUGGUGGCACAGAGGCGACAGACCCUGGAGGAUGCCUUCAAGAUAGAUAUCUCCGUGAAGGCUGGGGAAAGCGAAGUGAAGAUCGAAGAGGUCACCCCACUUUGGGAAGAGACGAUGCUCAGAGCCUGGCAGCAUUACUUAGCAUCCGAGAAGAAGUCACUGGCCAGCCGUUCAAGUGUCACGCACCACAGCAAAGUGACUUCAUGGAGUGGGAGCCUAUCCUCAGCCAUGAGACUGAUGCCAGGGCGACAGGCAAAGGAUCCUGAGUGCAGAGCAGAGGAUUUUGUGUCCUGCAUCGAGAAUUACAGAAGGAAAGGACAGGAGCUGUAUGCAUCUAUAUACAAGGACUAUGUGCAGAGGAGGAAAAGUGGCAGCAUCAAGGCAGCCACAGCCUGGGCCAGGAUGCGGGAACAGCUCUUUGGGGAGCUGGGAUUGUGGGGCCAAAUGACAGAAUCCACACGCUGCUCCAGGUGGGAACUGGAUGGGAGGGAAGGACCGGCUCGCAUGAGGAAACGCAUCAGACACCUGUUAGCAUGGGAGCCCCUGAACCUAGGAUGCAAGGAGAGCCAAGAAGGAAAGGGUGAUGUUUCUCAGACAAAUACUGGAAACCAAGUUUUCAUGACUGCAGAUGAGCUGACAACAGAGGAAGCUGAGAGCAGGCCGGAUGAGGUGGGAGUGGAUUGCACACAGUUGACCUUCUUUCCUGCUUUGCACGAAAGCCUGCACUCAGAAGACUUCUUGGAAUUGUGCCGGGAAAGACAAGUCAUUUUACAAGAGCUUCUUGAUGGAGAAAAGGUGUCACAGAAGGUCCCCAUGGUGAUUGUGCAGGGCCACCUGGUCUCAGAGGGGAUCCUGCUCUUUGGCCAGCAGCACUUCUACAUCUGUGAGAACUUUACUCUGUCUCCUACAGGCGAUGUCUACUGCACCCACCACUGCUUAUCCAAUAUCAGUGACCCCUUCAUUUUCAACAUGUGCAGCAAAGACCGGUCCUCUGACCAUUACUCCUGCCAGCGCCAUGCCUAUAGUGACCUCAGAGAGCUCCGGCAGGCCCGCUUUCUCCUUCAGGAUAUUGCCCUGGAGAUCUUCUUCCAAAACGGGUAUUCCAAGCUCCUAGUCUUCUACAACAGCGACCGGAGUAAAGCCUUGAAAAGCUUUAGCACUUUUCAACCUAGCUUGAAAGGAAAAGGCACCACAGAAGACCCCUUCAACCUAAGGAAACACCCAGGCUUCGAUAGGACCAUGCUACAGAGGUGGCAGAAAAGGGAGAUCAGCAAUUUUGAAUACCUCAUGUACCUCAACACACUGGCUGGAAGGACCUACAAUGACUACAUGCAGUAUCCCGUGUUUCCCUGGGUCCUCGCUGACUACACCUCAGAGAUGUUGAACUUGACAAAUCCCAAGAUUUUCCGGGAUCUUUCUAAGCCAAUGGGGGCUCAGACCAAGGAAAGGAAGUUGAAGUUUACCCAGAGGUUUAAAGAUGUUGAAAAGAUUGAAGGAGACAUGACCGUGCAGUGCCACUACUACACCCACUAUUCCUCAGCCAUCAUUGUCGCUUCCUACUUGGUCCGAAUGCCACCAUUCACGCAGGCCUUCUGCUCCUUACAGGGCGGAAGCUUUGAUGUGGCUGAUAGAAUGUUCCACAGUGUAAAGAGCACGUGGGAGUCUGCCUCCAAAGAGAACAUGAGCGAUGUCAGGGAGCUGACACCCGAAUUCUUCUACCUGCCCGAGUUUUUAACCAACUGUAAUGCAGUGGAGUUUGGCUGCAUGCAGGAUGGAACGACACUGGGGGAUGUGCAGCUUCCUCCCUGGGCUGACGGGGAUCCGAGGAAAUUCAUCAGCUUGCACAGACAGGCUCUGGAAAGUGACUUCGUCAGCAGCAACCUCCACCACUGGAUAGACCUAAUUUUUGGGUAUAAGCAGCAGGGGCCAGCUGCUGUAGAGGCAGUGAACACUUUCCACCCCUACUUCUACGGUGAUAGAAUAGACCUGGGCAGCAUCACUGACCCGCUGAUCAAGAGCACCAUCCUGGGCUUCAUCAGCAACUUUGGACAGGUGCCCAAGCAGAUCUUCACUAAACCCCACCCAUCCAGAAACACCACAGGGAAAACCCCAGGGCCUGGAAAGGAUGCUUCCACCCCUGUAGGCCUUCCAGGCUACUCACAGUCCUUCCUCCACAGCCUGCCAGCACUGAGACCCUCUCAGGUCACAGUCAAAGAUAUGUACCUCCUCUCUCUAGGGUCAGAAUCCCCCAAAGGGGCCAUCGGCCACAUCGUCCCUACUGAGAAGUCGAUCCUAGCGGUGGAGAAGAACAAGCUGCUGAUGCCCCCUCUCUGGAACAGGACCUUCAGCUGGGGCUUUGAUGACUUCAGUUGCUGCCUGGGAAGCUACGGCUCUGACAAGAUCCUGAUGACCUUUGAGAACCUGGCUGCCUGGGGUCCCUGUCUGUGCGCUGUAUGCCCCUCCCCCACGAUGAUCGUCACAUCCGGGGCCAGCACAGUGGUGUGUGUCUGGGAGCUGAGCCUGGUCAAAGGUCGCCCAAGAGGUCUGAAACUCCGACAGGCCUUGUAUGGACACACUCAGGCGGUCACAUGUCUGACAGCCUCUGUCACCUUCAGUCUCCUGGUGAGUGGAUCCCAGGAUCGCACUUGUAUCCUGUGGGACCUGGACCAUCUCUCUCGUGUGGCCUGCCUGCCUGUCCACCGGGAAGGCAUCUCAGCCGUUGCCAUCAGUGAUGUCUCGGGAACCAUUGUCUCCUGUGCCGGAGCCCACUUAUCCCUGUGGAAUGUCAAUGGACAGCCCCUGGCCAGUAUUACCACAGCCUGGGGCCCAGAGGGAACCAUAACGUGCUGCUGCAUAGUAGAGGGGCCAGCGUGGGAUGCAAGCCAUGUGAUCAUCACGGGGAGUAAGGAUGGAAUUGUUCGGAUUUGGAAGACAGAGGACGUGAAGAUGCCUGUUCCCAGGCAGGCAGUGAUGGAGGAGCCCUCCACGGAGCCCCUAAGCCCCAGAGGUCACAAGUGGGCCAAGAAUCUUGCCCUGAGCCGAGAGCUGGAUGUCAGUGUUGCUCUGAGUGGCAAGCCCAGCAAGGCAAGUCCUGCUGUGACAGCUCUGGCCAUCACUAGGAACCAGAGCAAGCUCUUAGUUGGCGAUGAGAAGGGGAGAAUCUUCUGCUGGUCUGCUGAUGGGUAGGAGACAAGGUGCUGGAGGGACCGACCUGAAAGCUUGGAGCCCUGGGGUCGGCAGCAACAGGCUACAGGCACAAGAUGAUGCGUAGCCUGGGCUGCUUAACCAGAGCAAGUUUUGGGGGGCUCCACUCCCCACAGUUCUCAAGGAGUCCCUGAUGAUUUGCACCGUGUACCCGAAACAUGUCUGUAGUCUAUGAGACUUCUGUAGGAAGGAUCUUGAUAGACACUGAUGCUGGAAACUGACGCUGCAUGGGAAAUUUCUACAUGGCUCACUUCACCAAGGCUUAUUGCACUGGGAAAAGAAGAGGGUGGGUAUUGGUUCAUGGAAACCACCCCACUGUCUUUAUUUUAUUAAAACUCCAUUUUCCUAAUGG